AUUCUUCUCAAAGCAGACGGGGAGUAACUUCCAUUUUGAAGAGGUGGAGGGGGAGUGCCUGAAGGACCAGUUAUUGCCCGUCCCCAGCCGCUCAAGAGCUUUCUUGAAUGGACACCGGUCGCUGAAUUUGUUGAACGCACCGACUGACACAGGGGAGAGCGCGCGGGAUAGGCCUACCCAACUCAGGGCAUGCCGAUACAUCGCACGCCACGGCUCACUCGAUUUGGACUAAUUCAGAGAAAGUGGCUGCAGCUUCAACAACACAAUGCAAAGAACUGUAUCUUGGAAAUAAACACCAACAGGCAGUGACAGUAAACUAAACAAAAAAGUCUGUCUGUCCUAGAUAAUUCAACUUAUAUUUAUGGAGUUUCGAGCCAGGGAAAAUGCAUUUUGCUGUUUGUAAUUUGUCAUGCGUAAAAUCAUAAUUCGCUACUGAACCCAUCCCGGGACCGAUUUGGAUACCGCCUGCCUCUUAACAGUGUUAACGGGUCUCCUGCAUGUACUGGAAAAAUGAAGCUCUGUCCCCACACCCAGAGGAGAACAAAGUUUUAUUGGACAAUGUGUUCGUUGAUCAAUGUGUUCGUUGAUCAGAUGACAUAUAAUUUCAAAAUGUGCCUAUGGCUAUGGCUAUAGGCUAUCGACUCAUUACAAGGGAAUACUUAUUUGCUUGCGCUGCUCUCUGAAAUAUCCUAGCGGAUUGGUUUUUUGUUUUCCACGCUCCAGCCUAUGUUUAAUGACAAUUAUAUAGACAUUUCACAUUUGUGCUAGCGUAAUUUCGUUUAAACGAAGGCCAAAAUGGAUUCUGAAUCCCACCCAAACCCAGAUUUUUGGCACUCUUGAAUACGGUUAUAAUCACCAAGAGAGCUUCAAGUGGCCUAUCAUAAGCGAAGCCGAGACAAUCACGCUCCUUUAUGUUUCAAGUUAUGUACAUUGUCUCCUAUGAAUAGUGCGACGUUCAAGAGCCUCUUCACAUCCUAGUCUUGUGUACAGAAAUUCGAUUUUCGAUUACGGCUAUUAAAAUUAAAAUAUGCAAUUCUUCUGGUGGCGCGAUGCCUUCUCUGAUUGACAGUUGAAAUUGACACCCUGGCUGCCUCUAAUCUCGAGCAUUUGAAGCCAUCACUAAUUGCAGCUUGAGGUAUGGGCUGGUAGGGAUGCAUAGCCGAAAGCGCAAAGCAGAGCAGGGCGCAGAGCAGACUCCAGUCGCAGCUCCAGGCUUCAUCUACACCACUGUUUUUCCACAAACAGAAUAGCUUCAUAAUGUCUCACUCCGACGGGGAGCCUCACGAGGAUGUGAAAGUAGAGGCUCCUUUCCUGCCUAGUCCUCCGGUAACACCGUCUAUGUGCUCGCCUCCGACCCUGGCCUCCCCGAUUCCGGUUCGGUCUACCGGGAAAAACCAGUGUGCCAGCUGCGGCACAGAGAUCCAAGACAGAUACCUACUGAAGGUGAACAAUUUGAAUUGGCACGUGGGAUGUCUGGAGUGUUCAGUCUGCAGAGUAUCAUUACGUCAGCACAAUAGCUGCUACAUCAAAAACAAAGAAAUCUUUUGCAAAUUGGAUUAUUUCAGUAGGUUUGGCACCAAGUGUAGCCAGUGCGGGCGCCAGGUGUUUGCCACUGACUGGGUACGGCGGGCACGGGGCAGUGUGUACCACCUGGCCUGCUUCGCCUGCUACUCCUGUAAGAGGCAGCUGUCCACGGGGGAGGAGUUUGGUCUGGUGGAGGGCAGGGUGCUCUGUCGGGCCCACUAUGACACCAUGGUGGAGAACCUCCAGAGAGCGGCGGAGAACGGGACAGGUCUCACUUUAGAGGGAGCCUUGCCCUCUGAUCAGGAUGGCCAACCCAAACCAGCCAAGAGAGCACGCACUUCCUUCAGCGCUGAGCAGCUACAGGUGAUGCAGUCUCAGUUUUACCAAGACAACAACCCUGAUACCCAGACCUUACAGAAGCUGGCAGACAUGACAGGACUGAGCAGACGGGUCAUACAAGUUUGGUUUCAAAACUGCAGAGCAAGGCAUAAAAAGCAUCCUCCCCCCCAGCACAACGGUCACCUCCAGGGCACCCCUUACCCCCACUCUAGAUUGCCCCCCUCACUGCCAGACAACCUCUACUCCCCCUUCAGCAGUCCUGACAGACCACACCUGCUGGCUCUGCAUGGAUAUAUAGACAGUCAUCCCUUCUCAAUGCUGUCCUCCCCUAACCACCUCAUCCACCCAGGCAUGACCUUACCACAGUUGCCCAUCAGCCACUAAGUCAUACCCCUGAGACCACCUCCUCCACAAGCCGUCUCUCUCGCGGACCUUUCCAUCCCAAACCUCUGAGAACAGUUCAACAUCUGUCUCUUCCAUUUUACUACACAAGAGGACUUUUACCGUCUCCAUAGUAUGUCAAGGUGGAGAUAUCACACAUGGAUGGACGGUUUUUAUAAAGGCAGCUAGACUUUAGAUCGUCGUGGGAAAAACAUCCCAGUUCAAUACAAAUGUGGUAAUCAUCAGGACCAGAUUCCACCACCCAUUCCUUGACAGGGAAUGAGUUGGAUCUCCAGGACCAGGGUUAGGAACAGGAAGACUCUUCCAACAGAAAAUUUCAAUUCAAUCACUGCGGAUUCAGAUUUUUCAUUGUCUUAUUCAUCAACUUACAGUACUGAAGGUAUUUUAUUUUUCAAUUCCAUUGGUUUUAAAUAUGACUUUUUUUCUGUUACUCCGUCUGCUUGUUUUCCUGUAUAAAACCCUCCCAUGCAUGGACUACAUAUUUCUGUGUAAGGUGAGGAUGAAGACUCUUCUGAUCUUGUGUGUUUAGAGAGAGGCGGUCUUGUGUGUUCUAUUUACUUAUUUCGCUUGUGAAAUGGAAAGCUUGUGUCCAUUUAUUUAUUCAAAAAAGAUACUUCACCAAGAAGCACUUUUAAAAAUGCUUUCAAAUGAAAGAAAUCAUUUAUUGUAAAUUGUACAUAUUUUACCGAUGUAAUAAAAUGUGCCUAAAAGAGU